AGAUGUUUGGAAUAGCUCAUUAGAAAUCGAAGGGGUUCAACUUCAACCUCACAAACAUAAAUAUUUGGGUAAAAUCUGCAAAUUUCGAUAAAGUUGCCCAAGCUAUUCGUUGAUUUGAGGAUAUCUAAUUGUGUUGACUAUUAAAUGUGUUGCGUAGAGUGUAAAGAUUGUUGGCAACUUUCAGGGGAAAAGAAAAGUGGCACAGUCAAAUUUCAAGAUGGCUUCCCUGGACGUCGAAGGUAUCGGCUGCUGCGUGGUUCAAAACGAAGAUUUGAUCCGUAUCGACGCCACAGUCACGUCUGGUCUGGAGCAGAUAGCGAAGGAGGAGGUGGAGGAAAAACUAGGCACAAAAGUGGUGAAGCGACGAGGUCGCAUCAGGUUCGAUACGCCAUACAAAGACUUCGCUCACAAGAUCCAAAGUCUUCGCACCUUGGAAAAUCUCCACGUGGUUGUAGCUGACUUUGAGAAGGAGGGUCUGGCAACAGACAGUGACAAGGAUGCAGUACUUAAGCACUUCUACCAGCUUGCAAAAACCUUUGACUGGGGUCCUGCUGUGUGCGCUUGGAAAACCUUCACAGGUGCCUUCCCUCAUGAGCCAGGUCCUCCCAAGAAGAAACAGAAAAUCCAGGACUCAGCCAAAGAUACGUCCAAGAUGCUGGAGAGGUAUGAGAACAUCAUCUCAAGAGAAGAGAUGGAUGGACCAGACUCGGACAAGACUCAGGAUGAAGCUGCAGAGAGAACAGAAUCAGUACUUUCAGAGGAUGCACAGGACUCUGGUACAGCCAAGGUAGCGACUCAGGAAAAAGGAAUGUCGAAAAUGGAAAUCUUCCCACUCCAGGCAGAUACACAGACUAGCAGUGGUGUUCAGAAUGUAGCUACAAAUGUCAAGGACAAAGCCUCUUCUCCUUGUACAAAUCUAUCAACUGAUGACCAAGAUGGCACAGACACUGUACCUGCAGCAGUUGAAAAUCAUGGCCCACUGAAGCCCAAGUUUCGAGUAACCUGCAACAGGGGCGGAGCCAAGCACAGCUUCACCUCCAUGGAUGCGGCCAGGCACUUCGGCGGUGGGAUCAACGAUGACCUGGGCUGGCCUGUGGACUUGACAAAGUUUGACAUCGAGGUUGUGUUGAACAUCUAUGGGGACCAGGUCACAGUGAUGAUAGCACUGACUAAGGGGAGUCUACACAGGAGGAACAUUCAACACUUUGGACCAACAACUCUAAGGUCUACUAUAGUCAAUAGUAUGCUGAGAAUAGCUAAUGUACAGGCUGGAGAAGUCAUUUGUGACCCAAUGUGUGGAAGUGGAGCCAUCUCUAUAGAGGGUGGUCUUGAUUUCCGGCAGUGCCUGCACCUGUCAGGAGACAACCAUGAGUGUGCCUGUCCCCGCACCAGGGCUAACAUUGCCACUAUCAACAACCAGAGGAGGAGGAGCGGACAAGGAGUUCUGCCUGUGGACACCCUGAGGUGGGAUGUGGGGAACCUUCCACUCAGAGAUGAGACUGUGGAUGUCUUCAUAACCGACAUGCCAUUUGGAAAACGACAUGGGUCUAAGCAGGGGAACUGGGAGUUGUACCGGCGGACAGUACGUGACAUGGCCCGAGUCUGCCGCUACGCUACAGGCAGGGCUGUCUUACUCACAGAGGACAAGAAGUGUCUGAACAAGGUCUUAACUGAAUACGACUCCCUGUGGUCCAAGAAGCUGGUGCUGUUCAUCAAGAUGGGAGGCCUGGAUGCGGCUAUCUACCAGCUCAAGCGGACCAACAAUCCCUUCCCAAAGUUCCUUGAGCACAAGCUUCUCUCCAGUAAGAGGAAACAGAAGAAGAUGGGGAUACCCCGGAGUGAGAGGGUGGGAGAGCCAAUCACAGAGCAGCUGGGGGAGCCAAUCACAGAACAGCUGGAGGAGCCAAUCACAGAACAGCCAGGGGUGAACACGGGAGAGGAGGGGAUGGAAGAGAAUUUGGGAAAACAGACAGAGGAGACUCCAGUUAGCAGUGACACCUCCACAUAAAGGGAUGAUUUCAAUUGGCUUUUGUUCUCAACCAGCAUGGAUAUACUCCUCUAAUAGAGAAGACAUGCUUGCUUUUCUAUACGCAAUUUCGCUCAUACAUUUUUGUAUUGUAGUAUGUCCACAAGCAGAUGUUACAAUAUGAAAUUGUUAUGGAUCAAUGUGCCAAUAUUGCUUGUAUUUAUUCUUGAUACACAAGAACACUCUGAAAACAGUGUUUAUGUAGGGUGCACAAUACUUGGUGAAGAGAAGCAUUAGAACCAGGAACUCUUGAAAAUUCUUUGCUUAAAAGCUAACUAGUAGCAUUAAUCUUUAAUUCUGUUUGGCAGAAUCCGAUCAUUAUUUCCAGUUUGAAGAACAAUGCACAUGCAGCCAAGAGUGGUUUUGUGUCUUUAAUACAAAAAUUAAAAGGAAAGUGUGUACAGUCUUCCACAAAUAGCAGCAUCAGCACAUACACAUGUAUAAGGUACACAUUGCACAGGUUUAUAAUAUAAGUAUAUAAUGUGUAUGAUACAACAUCUAACAGACAAAAGUGUUUGUUUGCCAAGUUUUUAAGAGUGUGACUGAACAAUGGUUUUAGACAAGAUUGUUAGUCUUGUGAGAUUCAGAGCAGCAUCAGUUUUGACUUGUCAGCAACAGUGCAUUGUGAACGUCCUCUGCAUGUUUGCUAUACAGUAUAACACUUCAUUUUUUUGCAGCAAGCCAUCAUCCAUACCUUCCCAGUUCACUGGUGUGUCAGACAAAUCGAAUUACAUAGAAAAGUAAGUAGGACCUUAAGAUUUACAAGAUAUUAAACAAACCUUAAGAAAGGUAAUAAAGUUUCCACGGGUGAUAGAGAUAUAUGCAGCAUUCAAUAACAAUAAGAUAUCUUACAAAUGCAUUGUGUUGCAAGUGUUUAUGAGUAUUUCUCAAAAAUAUUCCACUUUCAGAAUCGCUUGAUUUAUGUACAUUUACAAGCACUUGACGACCAAGACUCAUUGUGGUUUACAUGUAUGUAAUAUUUGGUGCAAUAGAAUAAAUAUACUGGGC